GCUGCGGAGAGCGGAGCCCGCGUCCCCGAACAGUUCGCCUCGCGGCUCCCCUUGCGAACAUCACCGCCCUUCGCUCCUCCCCAGCGUCUGCGAUCUUCCCAGGCGCCCGGUGUGAGCGCGGCGUGCGUGUGAGUGUGUCGGGGUAUUGUGUAGUGGGAGUGAGUGCGUGUGUGUGUGCAUGAGUGUGUGCAUUAGAGUGUGUGCAUGAGUGCGGGGUGUGUGGGGCUCCUGCGCUUCGCUCGUGGCCGCCGCCGGGGAAGGACGGACGGACGGCGCUUCCUCCUUCAGCGAACAGUUCCUGGGCAUCUCCGCCUGGCCCGGGCGCGAGUGGAGCGCGACUGGCUGGUCGCCGGCCUCCGGAAGGUCCUACUGCGUCCCCCCUGGGCUGGAUAUGUUCAUGUUCACGUGAAGAUGGAUUUAGUGUACGGUCUCGUGUGGCUGCUUACAGUCGUCCUGGAGGGGAUCUCUGGCCAAGGAGUGUACGCUCCGCCCACGGUUCGGAUUGUGCACUCAGGCUUGGCCUGUAACAUUGAAGAGGAACGCUACUCUGAACGGGUCUACACGAUCCGGGAAGGAGAAACCCUAGAACUGACCUGCCUGGUAACAGGACAUCCACGGCCACAGAUCAGGUGGACCAAAACAGCAGGAAGUGCCUCUGACCGAUUCCAAGACUCCAGUGUCUUCAACGAGACUUUGAGGAUUACAAAUAUUCAGCGACACCAGGGAGGCCGGUACUACUGUAAAGCAGAGAAUGGUCUGGGGUCCCCAGCGAUAAAGUCAAUCCGAGUGGAUGUGUACUAUUUGGAUGAUCCAGUGGUAACUGUUCAUCAGAGUAUAGGAGAAGCGAAAGAACAGUUCUACUAUGAGAGAACAGUCUUCCUCCGAUGCGUUGCCAAUUCCAAUCCACCUGUUCGGUACAGCUGGAGACGUGGACAAGAGGUGUUACUACAAGGAUCUGAUAAAGGAGUGGAGAUUUAUGAACCCUUCUUUACCCAGGGUGAAACAAAGAUCUUAAAACUAAAGAACCUUCGCCCUCAGGACUAUGCCAAUUAUAGCUGCAUUGCUUCAGUGAGGAGCGUCUGUAAUAUUCCUGAUAAAAUGGUGUCCUUCAGACUCUCCAACAAGACAGCAUCUCCGUCAAUUAAGCUCUUGGUGGAUGACCCUAUAGUUGUGAAUCCUGGGGAGGCCAUUACAUUGGUGUGUGUUACAACAGGAGGAGAGCCUACACCCUUUCUCACCUGGGUCAGGUCCUUUGGAACUCUGCCUGAAAAGAUUGUUUUGAAUGGAGGGACAUUGACCAUACCUGCCAUCACCUCAGAUGAUGCUGGUACUUACAGCUGCAUUGCCAAUAAUAAUGUGGGGAACCCUGCAAAGAAGUCCACCAACAUCAUUGUGCGAGCAUUAAAAAAAGGCCGCUUUUGGAUCACUCCUGAUCCAUAUCACAAAGAUGACAACAUCCAGAUUGGGCGUGAGGUGAAAAUAUCUUGCCAAGUAGAAGCUGUUCCUUCUGAGGAGUUAACAUUUAGCUGGUUUAAAAAUGGUCGUCCAUUAAGAAGUUCUGAGCGGAUGGUUAUUACUCAGACUGAUCCUGAUAUCUCUCCUGGCACAACAAACUUGGAUAUCAUUGAUUUAAAAUUCACGGAUUUUGGGACAUACACAUGUGUGGCCUCUCUGAAGGGAGGAGGAAUCUCUGAUAUCAGUAUUGAUGUUAACAUUUCAAGCAGCACAGUUCCACCCAAUCUGACUGUUCCACAGGAAAAAUCACCUUUGGUUACCAGAGAAGGAGACACAAUAGAACUGCAGUGUCAAGUCACUGGGAAGCCUAAACCAAUCAUCCUGUGGUCUAGAGCAGAUAAAGAGGUUGCAAUGCCUGAUGGGUCAAUGCAAAUGGAGAGUUACGACGGAACCCUCCGGAUUGUGAAUGUGUCUAGGGACAUGUCAGGACUGUACAGAUGUCAGACGAGCCAGUACAAUGGAUUCAACGUGAAACCGAGAGAAGCCUUGGUUCAGCUCAUCGUUCAGUACCCUCCUGCUGUAGAGCCAGCAUUCUUGGAAAUCCGACAAGGACAGGACCGAAGCGUUACCAUGAGUUGCCGGGUACUGAGAGCCUACCCGAUAAGGGUGUUAACUUAUGAGUGGCGCUUGGGCAACAAGUUACUAAGGACCGGUCAAUUUGACUCUCAAGAGUACACCGAGUACCCAGUGAAGAGUCUUUCCAAUGAAAACUAUGGGGUUUAUAAUUGUAGCAUCAUAAAUGAAGCUGGAGCUGGGAGAUGCAGCUUUCUUGUGACAGGGAAGGCUUAUGCUCCAGAAUUUUAUUAUGACACCUAUAAUCCCGUAUGGCAGAACCGACACCGAGUAUAUUCCUACAGUCUACAGUGGACACAGAUGAAUCCCGAUGCAGUGGACCGCAUUGUUGCAUAUCGCUUGGGUAUUCGGCAGGCUGGACAGCAACGUUGGUGGGAACAGGAGAUUAAAAUAAAUGGGAAUAUUCAAAAGGGAGAAUUAAUUACAUACAACUUGACUGAGCUCAUUAAACCAGAGGCUUAUGAAGUUAGACUGACUCCUCUCACUAAAUUUGGUGAGGGAGAUUCAACAAUUCGUGUGAUCAAAUAUACUGCACCUGUAAAUCCUCAUUUGAGAGAAUUUCACUGUGGAUUUGAGGAUGGUAAUAUAUGUUUGUUCACCCAAGAUGAUACAGAUAAUUUUGACUGGACAAAACAAAGUACGGCAACAAGAAACACAAAAUACACUCCUAACACAGGACCUAAUGCUGAUCGUAGUGGGUCCAAAGAAGGUUUUUAUAUGUACAUUGAGACAUCUCGGCCCAGACUGGAAGGGGAAAAAGCCCGACUUCUUAGCCCUGUAUUCAGCAUAGCUCCCAGAAACCCCUACGGACCGACAAACAGUGCAUAUUGUUUCAGCUUCUUUUAUCAUAUGUAUGGACAACACAUAGGUGUUUUAAAUGUAUAUCUACGCUUGAAAGGGCAGACAACAAUAGAGAAUCCCCUGUGGUCUUCAAGUGGGAAUAAAGGACAGCGAUGGAAUGAGGCUCAUGUUAAUAUAUAUCCAAUUACUUCAUUUCAGCUCAUUUUUGAAGGUAUUCGAGGACCUGGAAUAGAAGGUGACAUAGCAAUUGAUGAUGUAUCAAUAGCUGAAGGUGAAUGUGCAAAGCAAGACCUCACGACUAAGAAUUCCGUUGAUGGUGCUGUUGGGAUUUUGGUUCAUGUAUGGCUUUUUCCAGUUAUCGUCCUCAUCUCUAUCUUAAGUCCUCGAAGGUGACCUUCCCCUGGCAGAGGCUAUAAACGAUUCACCAGGCACUGGCAUGAAGAAAGAGUCUUUGUAAAUGGACAUUGCAAAAACAAACUACCAAAGAUUCCUCCACUGACUACUGACUCAAAAAUAAAAUAAUAAAAACAAAUUUUUUUUAAGCACUGGGGAUUUAAAGACACCAUGGAAGUAUAACUUAUUCCAAACUACACAAAGAAGAUAGUCUUAACCUGAGUAGAGAAGACACCUUCAGGUGCUUUUGUGGCUAAAAUGAUGAUAGCGUCAGCUGGUUGAACUCUGGAAAAAGGAAAAGAAAAAAAAAAAGAAAAAGAAAAAAAAAGAGCUAUAGAAAUCCUUGUCAAAGCACAAAGUCAUGGCUGGUUUUGUUUCAAAUGAAUAGUUUGCUUGUUACCAUGGAAACCUAAUGGCCUGCCAACAAAAACCUCACUGUAAACAGGGUACAUGGAGAGCUGGCAUUUAUUUUCCUUUCCAGAAGGUUUUAUGUAGAGAAUUAAAUAAAUGUAGGCCCUUUUACCUUUGGCUGUUACCCUUCCUUAAAAACAACCCGAACUCAGAAUUAUUUAAAGCAUUCAUGUUUUGCCCCAAGGUAUCACCAUCCCAAUUUUACUAUUGUUUGUUUUCUUUAUUUCUUUACUGCUUUUGUUUUGGGUUCCUCCUCCCAUGGCUAAGCUAGAUAACCGUAUGCUGUCUCUUUUUGCAUGCACUUACUAUCCAAGACGGUAAACCUGGGCUUACAUAAUUACACAGGCUUAUCGGAGUUUGCUUGCGGCCACUUGAACACCCAAACUAUGUCAUCUGUUCCAAUGAAGAAACCAAACCACCAUCUUUUAUAAAUUGCCAUGGAAACCAAGUGCCUUCAAUGAAACAAGCCUGAAUAAUUUUCAACUCAGAAGCCCGCACUGCUAAGAAUGGUUUUUGUGUAAAACUAUUUUGUAAACAGACUACACAGCCCACAUGUGCAAACUUACAGGCCAGACCACAAAGCUGCUUCUGAAGAAGAAAGGACCGAGCUGCUGCGGAAGCCCAUGCAGACAAGAGAUUUGUUUCACCUCCUAGACAGCCAUGGCCUUUCGGCGUAUUGUCCAUUACAAAUUAACUUCCACAGAGACCAGAUAUGGGAGCAACACUUUUUUCUUCCAGGUUAUUAAAAGGGUCAACCAGAGCAAAAGUUGUUACAAUAAUGCUUAGUGCAGAAGAUGGUCAGACACAAAAGUGAUUUUCUUAACUCUAACCUCCAUUCGAAAGGAAAUUGGCCCUAGCUUUAGAGGAAACAAGAAAAUGUUUGUCGUGUACACAAACUCCGACACGGGACUGGGCCUGAAACGAUCUGGCUUUAUUCUAAACACUGAGGGUAAUAUGCCUCUGCCCUUUAGUCAGACUCUGUGCAAAUUGUGAAAUAUUAUUUUAUUAUUUUAUCAACAUUAAAAAAAACACUUUUACAAGAAAAACAAAAUCCUGUAAAAAUGAUUUUGAGCUACCUGAAGAGAAAUCAUAACUUUAACCAGCCAGUUUUCCAAUGCAUUGUAAAUUUCACUUAAACCUCUUGGUUAAGAAAAUUUGAAGAUCUUCUUCCUUAAAUUAUUUGAGCUUUCAACUUCAUUUAAAAAAAACCUUUGUCUAAAAAAGAUUAUUACUAUUAUUACUAUUAUUUGUUCUUUUCAUACCCCAGGAUUAAAAAUAACUGAUAAUAAGUAAUUGGGAUAUCAGUAUUAAAUUAUUAAUAUUUGCAACUAUUAAUAUCAAAAGCACAACAAAAUGUAGUGAAAAUGACAAAGUUUGAUUUUUUAAAACAUCUGUAGAUAUGUUUGUGCAAAUUCAGUAACUCAAUUUAAAAUAUAAUUUUAAAGCUAUGUUCAAUAAAGCCUCUUUCCAGGUAAGGUAUGACGAGCGGUAUAUGUGUGUUUGCUGAACAAUGUUCACAUAUCACUAAUUUGGGAUUAGUUACACAAUUUAUUGGUUAUGUUAUCUUGGGAUAAAUCUUCAGUGCUUCAUACCACAUAAUGUGUGCAGGAAGAAAUUUUAAUAGGAAAACCCUGAUGUACUUGCCUUUAUUUGUAAUACAUGUAAAGUAAAUGUUCUGUAGGUAAAAUAUGAAACAGUACAUCUUGAAAUUUAAUGUAUAUUUUCAUAGCUCAAAAGAGAACAUCACAGAAUAGUUAUCAGAGUUAGUGAUAGAAUUGAGCUAAACCAAGUUCUUUAAAUUAAGCAAAGGCAACAAAUGAAUAUUAUAACUUAUUUGAAUAAAUUAAUCACAGUGAAAAUUUUUCAAAAUUUCAAAGUUACCCAUUUAUUUUAUGAAACCAAAGAGAUUCAAGUAAGUGAUAUCUGGGGUAUUUAGCAUUUGAAAAAGCUCUAUUCACCCCAAAUUCCAUGUUAUAGCAACUAAUCACAUCUCUUCAGUAUGCCAUAUUAAUAAAUCACCUAUUAUUUUUGCAUUUUUAUUGUAUAAAAACGUAUAUUUUGUAUAUAAAGAGAGGCUGGACUCAUGUCUUUCAGUCAUCUUUAGGUUGAUUUGAGUGAGGCUUUGCAAAUACAUGAAAAAAAUAUAUAAAUUUAAAAUAUUUGAAUAAACAUGUCAUUCCAAGAAAAAUAACCAAAUUGCUCUUUUGUCUAAGUUUUCCUGCACAAAGAAAGUACUGUAAAUGAAAGGUUUAGUUGUCCUUUUAAGCAUUUAUUAAAAACUAAAAUCUUUACUAAAGUUUUGCACAUUAAGAAUUUGUACACUUCAGAAGUCCAUGAGAACUGGCUGGUACUUCCAAAAUAGUUUUGAUUACACUUGUAAGGAAUUGUAUAAGACUGUGAAGAUAAAAGGGGCUAUCCAUACUGCAAAGCAAUCAGAAUCAUUAGGAUGUUAAUAACAUGUAUAUCUCAAAUUCUGAAUGAUUUAGAUAAAUUAACAAACUUAGAAUCACUGUGUUGUAUUUCAGAUAACAUGCUCAGUUAUAUUCAUUGAAAACACCUGGGUAAAAUAUUUUUAAAAAUUUAAGAUUUUGGUAAAUGAAAUAUGAAUUUUGUUAAUUUGCCUCUUAAUAGUCAUAAUAAUAAUGAAAAUUUAAGCAUCUUCCUUCCUUUCCCCAACAUAGUUGUGUUUAAUAUAAGCUAGAGUCAUCAACAUAUCCCCUUUUCCAUUUAGAUAAUGUGCUUAAAGUAUAAUUGAUGGUAACAUUUUUUUGUUGAUGAUAAUGGUGAUGUCCUUUAUGCAGAAAGACAUCCAGCAAUGCAGGUUAAAUAAGAGUAUCACCCACUCUUACCAGUUCAAAGAUGUUUAUUUCUUUUCAUUUGAAUGUCUCUGCAUUUGGGCCUAUUUUAAAUAUAUUGGCAGAAUUUUUGUGUAGUGAUAUAUAAACUACACCCUAGAACUGAUGGAAUCUAAAUGUAAGAAAUUCACUAAAGUUACCAGAAGUGCCAAAUAUUACUUUUUUCAUUUAAACCCAAAAGUGAGAUUUAAAAAAAAAAUGACUAUUGCCCAAUCAUAACUAUAGGAUUUAUAGUACUCAUGGACUAUGCAGUGUUGAAAAAUAAC